GGAGAACAGUUACAGUGAAGAGUGAAAGGGGCCGGCGGGUCGAGAGUAGAGGUUAGGACACCGAUGUGACAGAGCCAUUGGCGAGGCGGCUGGAUCCGGUAGAGCUAGGAAGGCUUCCUGGAAGAGGUCUCUGGCCCCUCCCGAGGACCAUGCCGCAGCCCCGCUGACCCAGCAGUAGGGGCCUGAGGCAGGGCACCUGGAAUGGGCUGUGUGUUCUGCAAGAAGUUGGAGCCAGGGCUCAAGGAGGAUGUUGGCCUGGAAAGUGACUUCAGGGGCAGUGGGGCCGCGGACCGCUAUGGCCCUGACCCAACUCAGGCCCGGACUGUGUCCUCCUUUGCCCAUAUCCCCAACUACAACUUCUCCACUCAGUCCACCAACCCCGCCUUUCUCGAUGGGAGCACCAUCAGGGGCAUCUCAGGGACUGGGGUGACCCUGUUCGUCGCCCUGUAUGACUAUGAGGCCCGGACGGAGGAUGACCUCCCUUUCACCAAGGGUGAGAAGUUCCACAUCCUGAACAACACUGAGGGUGACUGGUGGGAAGCUCGUUCUCUCAGCUCCGGACAAACUGGCUAUAUUCCCAGCAACUACGUGGCCCCUGUGGAUUCCAUCCAGGCUGAAGAGUGGUACUUUGGAAAGAUCGGGAGGAAGGAUGCAGAGAGGCAGCUGCUCUCCCCCGGGAACCCCCAAGGGGCCUUUCUUAUUCGUGAGAGUGAGACUACUAAAGGUGGCUACUCCCUGUCCAUCCGGGAUUGGGACCAGGCCAGAGGCGACCAUGUGAAGCAUUACAAAGUCCGCAAGCUGGAUACGGGUGGCUACUACAUCACCACACGGGCCCAGUUCGACUCCGUGCAGGAGCUGGUGCAGCACUACAUUGAGGUGAACGACGGGCUAUGCCACCUGCUCACAGUGGCCUGCACCACCAUGAAGCCGCAGACAAUAGGCCUGGCCAAGGACGCUUGGGAGAUCAGCCGCAGCUCCAUCGCUCUCGAGCGCCGGCUGGGCACCGGCUGCUUCGGGGACGUGUGGCUGGGCAUGUGGAACGGCAGCACGAAGGUGGCGGUGAAGACCCUGAAGCCGGGAACCAUGUCCCCGAAGGCCUUCCUGGCGGAGGCGCAGAUCAUGAAGAUGCUGCGGCACGACAAGCUGGUGCAGCUGUACGCCGUGGUGUCGGAGGAGCCCAUCUACAUCGUGACCGAAUUCAUGUGCCACGGUAGCUUGCUGGAGUUCCUCAAGGACCGGGAAGGCCAGGAUUUGACACUGCCCCAGUUGGUGGACAUGGCAGCCCAGGUGGCUGAGGGCAUGGCCUACAUGGAACGCAUGAACUACAUCCACCGCGACCUGAGGGCAGCCAACAUCCUUGUUGGGGAACGGCUGGUGUGCAAGAUCGCUGACUUCGGACUGGCCCGUCUCAUUGAGGAUGAUGAGUACAACCCCCAGCAAGGGGCCAAAUUCCCCAUCAAGUGGACAGCCCCGGAGGCUGCUCUCUUUGGCAGAUUCACCAUCAAGUCAGAUGUGUGGUCCUUUGGAAUCCUGCUCACUGAACUCAUCAGCAAGGGCCGAGUACCCUACCCAGGCAUGAAUAACCGGGAAGUGUUGGAACAGGUGGAGCAUGGCUACCACAUGCCGGCCCCCCCAGGCUGCCCAGCAUCCCUGUACGAAGUCAUGGAGCAGACCUGGCGUCUGGACCCAGAGGAGAGGCCCACCUUCGAGUACCUGCAGUCCUUCCUUGAGGACUACUUCACCUCCACAGAACCCCAGUACCAGCCUGGGGAUCAGACAUAGCCUGUUUGGGCAUUCACCACCUUUCUGGGGUGCCCACCAAUCCCUUCCAGUCCCCAGGGCUCUGGUCCCAAAGCCCCCAGGCUUAGAACCCUAUAGGAUCCUAGCAUGUCAGAACAAGCAGGUUGCUCUGACACCACCUAGGGCACCCCACUCAUUUUAAAGAUGGGGCCAUUCCAGGCUUAGAGAUCAUCCCUGACUCUGGCCCCAAGCACUAUUUCUCCCCUUCCCACUUAGGCUCCUACCUCUAGACUCUCUUCCCACCUCUCCCCCAAAACAAAUGCUCAGACUUUGUCUAGUUAUUUAUAAAAUUGUAUAUCCUUUCCAUCACUCACCUCCUAUCCCUGGUUUUUACCAUAUCAUCCCACCCUGAGUUCACCUCCUACUCAGUUCUCUUGCGUCUGUAAGUUGCAAAGGCAGGGUAAGUUUUUGCUGGAACCCUUUCUUGCUGGGUGGACGCUGUGGUCCGGGUCUGGGGUCCAAGCCCAGGGUGAGGGAGAGGCUUGCUGAGGACCCACCACCUCUCUGAAUCAUGUGUGUGUUUAUUGCUUUUUGUAAGUAAGAAAAGUGACAAUAUGAA